UAAACAGGCGAAAUCCCCAAUCUUUCGAUAGAAACGAAGGCGAAAUGUCGCAGGCAGUCUUCUCCCCGGGGCACGUGAUCAUUCCGGCCUCACGUGUCAAGACGUCAGCCGCCGACGGCCUCCACCUUCCUUCAUCAAGUGUUCACUUACUUCGCCGCACAAACCACCGGCGGAAGCCGCUGCUACGGUCACUCACAACGCCUAUUCGGAGCUCAACCAAUUUUUCCUUUGAUCUCAAAAGUGGCAAAGGAAUGAGUCAAUUUCAUGAGAUUGAACUCAGGGUUAGAGAUUACGAAUUGGAUCAAUAUGGAGUUGUGAACAAUGCCAUCUUUGCUAAUUAUUGUCAACAUGCUCGGCAUGAACUUAUGGAAAAGAUUGGAAUAAAUAUCGAUACAGUUGCUCAAACUGGCAACGCAAUAGCUCUUUCAGACUUAUCACUCAAAUUUCUUGGACCUUUGAGAAUUGGAGAUAGGUUUAUUGUGAGAGCGAGGAUAUCUGACUCAUCAGCUGCUCGUAUAUACUUUGAACAUUUCAUCUUCAAGAUCCCAAAUCAAGAGCCAAUUUUGGAGGCACGUGCGACUGCAGUUUGGCUUGAUAAAAACUAUCGCCCAAUUCGUGUUCCACCAGAGGUAAGAUCCAAACUUGUAAUGUAUCUUCGUCAUGAUGAGGGAAACUGAUUUUAUCAUAUUUUAUCUAACCAUUUUUUGUGGGAGGAAUAAAGUAUUAUAGGUAUGUUUGCAUGAUAAAUAGUACGUGUACAUGAUUAAUUUUUCAUAACUAUUGCUCAUCAUGUAAUUGUAGGCCUUGUUUUUAUUCAGUGAUAUUAUAUACUUAU